CUGGGUAUUCUGGGGUUGACGGUGCAGAUUGCGGUCGUUGGGACUGCGAUCAAUCUGCCGAUUGCGCUGGGCGUGAGCUGGCUGAUCGUGAAGCGCAGGAUACCGGGGCGGCUGGUGUUCGACGCGCUGGUGUCGCUGCCGCUUGCCGUGCCGCCAGUUGUGGUUGGGUAUGCGCUGCUGCUGCUGCUUGGGAACAGGGGGCCGGUGGGCGGGCUGCUGAACCGCUUGCUGGGCGUGGAGCUGGUGUUCACAUGGUUUAUCGCGGCGCUUGCUGCUGCCGUGGUGUCGUUUCCGCUGAUGGCUCGGGCAGUGAUGGUUGCGAUGGGCGGAGUGGACGAGCACCUGGAGAUGGCGGCGCGCAGCCUGGGCGCAGGAGCGAUGCGCGUGUUCUUCACGAUUACGGUUCCGUUGGCGUAUCGCGGCAUCCUGGCGGGGGUGCUGCUUGGUUUCGUGCGGGCAAUCAGCGAGUUCGGGGCGACGAUUGUGGUGGCGGGCAAUAUUCCCGGAAAGACGCAGACGCUGCCUCUUGCCAUAUACUCGGAGGUGCUGCUUGGCGACGAUGCGAUGGCUAUUCGGCUGAUUGCUGUGUCGGUGGGGCUUGCUGUGGUAACGCUGCUGGUGCAUAACUGGCUGCUGGACAGGGCGGCGCGGACGGAUGGCUAG